AUGUCGUCCAGUUUAUCGUCUCGUUACCAUGACUCCAAUUUGUAUUUAACUUUACCCAAGGCGAUGUGUUUAACACCGGAGGUGGAUAAAAAUCCGGAAAAGAUCUUUCCACUUUUUGCUCAAGAAAUACAGAACAUCGACAAGCUAUUGAUUGAAGCAGCCAACUGUUCUGACAAAACCCGGUACAACAGGUACAUCCAGCUUGCGUGCGAAGCUGACUACCUGUUGAUUAAUGUUUUACCGAAGCAUUCUGCAGUUAAGUUCUAUGAGGCAUGUGUUAAUUCAAGCAAGAUACAGGGAACACCAUAUGAACAGGGUAUGAUGUUAAUGCAUUAUGGGACAGCUCUUCAAAAUAUAAAAGUGUUGUGAGGCAAUGUUGUUUC